CGGCCCCACCCCCAAAUAUCUCCCCGUGCGGAUGUACACUGCCACAGUAAAAAAAAGGCAAUUGCGGUUUCACUUCUAAAAUAAAACAAUACAUGGGACAAUGCUGACGUAAUGCCUGAGUCAUCCAUGCUCCGCCCGCAAGUCUUGUAUCUUUGACUUUGGUCGGCGCCCGCCCAUCAGACGUUGUGACAGCACAGGCCGUGUUUCCAGGUGCUGUUGCAGUGAAGAUGGACUUUAGCACUAGUUGUAAUGGCUUAUUUGCCUUCUGAAGCUAGCUAGCUGUGUCUCGGAGGUUUGUUUUUCCCUGUCAAAUCCCUGUGGGAAGGGUUCGAGAACUGGGCUAGCCUCACAAAGACCACAAAAAAUGCACCCUGACUCGGAAUUGAGAAUUUGAACUGCAUCGCUGGGAUAAAUAAUUUAUGCGGUCAUGGCUGGGCUGAUCAAGAAACAGAUCCUCAAACACCUCUCCAGGUUUGCUAAGAACCUGUCCCCAGACAAGAUCAACCUGAGCACGUUGAAGGGCGAGGGCCAGCUCACCAACCUGGAGCUGGAUGAGGAGGUUCUGCAGAGCAUGUUGGACCUGCCCACCUGGCUGGCCAUCAACAAAGUGGGCUGCAACAAGGCUGCCAUCCGGAUCCCGUGGACCAAGCUGAAGACCCACCCCAUCUCUCUGACCCUGGACAAGGUGGUAAUGGAGAUGAGCACCUGUGAUGAGCCCCGCCCUCCCAAUGGCCCGUCUCCCAUAGCAACGGCAUCUGGGCAAAGUGAGUAUGGCUUUGCUGAGAAGGUGGUGGAGGGCAUCUCUCUGUCCAUCAACUCCAUCGUGGUGAAGAUCAGUGCCAAGGCGUUCAACGCCUCCUUUGAGUUGAGCCAGCUGCAGGUCUACUCUGUCAACACCAGCUGGAGCCUGUCAGACCUCCGCUUCACACGCAUACAGGACCCACACAGAGGAGAGAUACUGACGUUUAAGGAGAUCAGCUGGCAGAUGAUCCGCAUCGAGGCGGACGCCAUCCAGAGUGCCCAGAACGAGAUGCUGAGUGCCCCCAUCCGCCUGAUCACCAACCAGUCCAAGAUCAGAGUCACCCUGAAGAGACGGUCCAAGGACUGUAACGUGGUGGCCUCUAAGCUGAUCCUGAUCCUAGAUGACCUGCUGUGGGUGCUGACUGACUCCCAGCUCAAAGCCAUGGUCCAGUACGCCAAGUCACUCAGCGAGGCCAUGGACAAGUCUGCUCAGCAGAGGAAGAGCAUGGCCACCGAGGACCAGGAGUCGUCGGCGCCCCCCUCAGCCCAGCAGGUGCGUAGCCAGCAGGUGUCGUCAGGCACAGCGGCUGACCAGAGCGCCACCAUGGCAAAUCUGUUCACUGCCUUCGACGUGUGUGAGACCUCCCACCACCUGCAGAUCACACACCUCGACCUGCACAUCUGUGACGACAUACACGCCAAGGACAGAGUGAUCAAUAAGAGGAUAACCGGUGGGGCCAUGCAGCUCUCCUUCAGUCACAUUACCCUGGACUACUACCCCUCCCACAGAGCAGGUGAGAGUUGUCUCCACUGGAUGCAGUACAGUGAGGCCACUAAGGCCAGGGAGGGCUGGGCCAGCAGUCUACUGGAGGAGUUCAAGUCUAAUGUGGAGAUGUUGAAGACCGCCAAGAGAGACCGGGAGGGCCUGGCCAACUGUCACACCUCACCACAGCACGGUAAGAUCAGUACUAGUUCUACCAGUAUCCUCAGUUCUCCCCAGACCCCCAAGACGCAGCUCCUGUCCAGCUCCAUUGUCCUCAGGAUAGCUGACUUCAGCAUCUACCAGGUGUCCACAGCAGACCAGCGUCGCUCCAGCCCUAAGGCCAUGAUCUCCUGUAAUAAGAAGUCCCUGUACCUCCCUCCUGAGAUGCCUGCCAUCCACGUCGAGUUCACCGAAUACUACUUCCCUGACGGAAAGGACUACCCCAUCCCUUGCCCCAACCUGUAUGUGCAGCUGAAUGCGCUGCAGCUGGUGCUGGACCCCAGGAGCCUGGUGUGGUGCAACCUGUUUGCUCUGGACCUGAGGCAGAGCCUGGAACAGUUCAUGGAGCUCUACAAGCUCAAUGACGAGGAACAGAAGCCUGACGAGCACAUCGACAUCAGGGUGGACGGACUAAUGCUCAAGUUGUUAGUGCCCACGGACAGGGACCCCUCCUAUCCCCAGGACCUCCCCCGUUCCGUCUCUGUCCAAUGCUCGGAGAUGGUGGCCACCAACACCCGCCACCCCCCCAACUGCUCCCGCUCCCACCUGGAAGCCCUCCUCCUCUCCUUCCAAGAACAACAGUUCUUCUCCACCUCCUUUACCUCCUUCCCUCGCUCCUCCACCUCCUUCCCGGUGAUCCACCCCGUUUUCCAGCGCCACGCGCAUGAGCAGGACACUAUGUUGCACAAUGUGUAUAAAGGGUUGGUGUCGCCCUCGUUGGGCGUGGAUGCCCUCAAAAUGCCAGCUGCCACAGACUUGUGGGCGGUUCACUUUGCCCAGUUCUGGGUGGACUACGAGGGGACGCGCGGCGGGAAGGGGCGGCCCCAGCCCUUCGUCGACGCCUUCCCCCUCACUCUGUGGACGUGCCAGCCGGUCAGACACGCCCAGCACCAGGAGCGGCUAAUGGGCGGGGCUUCGAGAGGGCAGAGAACGCCCCUUUCUGCAGCUGCAGGCCUGGCCAGGAGCGAGCCUGUGGAUACCAUGGGACGUCUGCAGAGGAAGAGGCUUUUGAAGGAGUACUAUAGUACUGUUACGGACGCCACGGCAACAGAGGCCUCGCUGCCGCCUAGCAACGGGCUUCACAAGCCACUGUCCCUGGACAACAUCCCCCCACCUUCCUCGUCUUCUUCUUCCAGUAAGGAGGCAGACAUGCACAUGUUAGUGCACGUACAGAAGCAUUUGAGCGCACAGGUGAGCCACAGGCAGUACAUGUUCCUGAUGCGGCUUCAGCGCAGCAUCAAAGCCUUGCAGCACACCCUGCAACAGGACCUGGAGGGGAUGGGCUCCAAACGAGACAAGGCAAAGACCACAUCGGACCCCUCUCCAGACCACCAGCCCUUCAGUGCCUGUGUGGGGAUCCUGCUCAAAAGUGCGGAGGUAGCUCUCCUCUUGAAGCCGGUCCCCCAGCCCGAGGGUCCUGGUUCCCCCCUAGUGUCUGAGUUGUCCCCCUCGGAGAGUAGAUGCACCUUGGAGACUGGGAGUGACGGAGGGGAGGGGGGAGAUAGAGGAACCCACGUGGAGGGGGCUGGGACGAAGGGAAGUUGUACAGUGGACCAGCUUAUGUGUGGGGGAGGGGUAGAGGGUGGGAUAACGCAAGGCCCUGCCCCUCUCAUCCCCGCCUCCGCCCCCAACCUGAAGGCGUCUCUUGACGAGAGGACAGGGAGAUCGAGUUCAAAGGAGUUGGGAGAGGCUUCCCUGGAGGCCCGGACUGGGGGAGAGGAGCCGGGGACCGGAGUUGAUUGUAAAGCCCAGCAGGGUGAGUCCUCCAGUGCAGACCCCACUCUCUCAGACCCCCUCUCCACCAAAGACUGGAACGAGAAGAACCCUGGGGCCAGACUGCCUGAGUCUAUGUCCAGGAAAGGCAGUCUGUCAGUGGUUUCUGACUGGCUCAGCUCCUCAAACACCCGGUCCACCUCCCUAUAUUCUAUUUCCAACAUUGGGCGUCUGAUGAGGGAGCGUUCCCAGUCCAGUUUCUCAGUGUCCUAUAAGAACAUGAAGAAGACUCCAUCUCUGCAGUCCUUGGACAACCUCUCCAUAGACAGCUACCUGAUGGAGGACGGAGACACAGACACAUACAGCCUGCUGGAGAGGGACGACGUGUCCAUCUCAGGCUUUAAGGAUGUGGUGAGGGAUCAGAGUGCCACAGAAAUUGCCAAGGAGGCAGCAGCCUUAGCGGCCAUGGGCACAGGGGAGCAGGACGGUGCUGGCUCACCAGAUACUGUCAGUGCCACCUCCCAGAGCAUUGAUGAACCCACCAAAGACAUGGUGUCGGUGCUGGUGCUGAAGGUGCAGUGUGUGUGUGGGGGGAUGGAAGUGCGAGGGGAGAGCACAACUGUAUCUCUGGAGGUGGGCUGUGUCAGACCCACACAGCUGGGAAACGUCAGCCUCCGACAAUACCUCAGCAACCGCAGCCUGGGUAUGGUACCCACUGCUCAGGGCAGCACUAUUGUACCCCCUGCCCCAGGCAGCGAAGGUGGUGGUCUGGAGGCCAAUUCAGACGGGACCACCCAUCUUCCGGAGGUCAGGGCUCGGCUGGAGAGCGGGCCCUGUGCCGCCGCCCACUCCCCCCUGGCCGAGACCAACGGUUUCCUCCAGCUGCGUCUCCACGGCUACCGGGCCAACUUCCUCAUGUCGUCGCUAAGGAACCUGGCUCACUUCCUGGAGGAUGACUCUGCCCCCCAGGUCCUCCCGAUGGAGAUCAGCGUCAGGAACACACACAUCGACCUAAAGGAUGAUGGUCCCCGUGACAACCCGUCUGACCCUGAUCCCACCCCCAUCACCCUGCACAUCUCCAACCUGCUCAUCCACAGGACCGACGAUGGAGCCUUCUCUAUAGGGGUGGAAAAUACGUCUGAGGCGGGGCCUAAGAAAGAAGUCCAAUUGAUUGACAGCGGUCUGUCUCCAGUCCCUGAGAGUGUGGUCAGCAGCACUCCCAAGGCCACACAGACCCCCAGCCCUCCUAGCCCUAGCACAACCCCCUCCAACAAAGAACAGCUGCUGAUAGAGGAGAACGAGUGUUUGAAACUGGAGCUCUCCAAAGCCAAGAUGGCUCUAGCUGAGGCCCAAAUGGAGAAGGACUCCCUGUUGCACCGCAUGAAGAGUCUCAAAGUGAACAGCAGCUAGGGUAGGCCAAUAGAGGCCCAGUGACCACCAGUCUGUAGUGCUGCAUAUCACCACAGGGGGGAAGCAGAGAGGAGAGAGGGGGUGCUGGAUACUGGAGCUACUUGAUAUAGCACCACACAAGUAUUAUUCAAGAAUCAGCCAGGUCAGUCAAGCCUGUUCUGAUGAAGGGCUGGUUGCCUAAGAACUAAACCACACACACACACACACACACACACACACACACACACACACACACACACACACACACACACACACACACACACACACACACACACACACACACACACACACACACACACACACACACACACACACACACACACACACACACACACACACACACACACACACACACAAGCAGUCCCUGAACUAGAGAGGGGGGCUACUUUUUCACUUCAGCCCACCUACCACCCUCAUCCUUACCCCCAGUAGAGGAACUGGAGAGUGGACCGUGUUAGACUUUCAUCCCCUCCUCGAUACAGUCCUGCCGUGUCAUCUCUGGGCUGGGACUAGGACUGCAGUACACAUGCUUGUUUUACAUGCUAGUUUUACAUGAUUGUUGUGCUUGUUUUGAAUUUCUCUCUUUAUGCAGUAAGUUAGUGUUCAGUCUCUCCAGUAAUCCGACUGCAAGCCAGAGCAGCCUCCUAAAUAUGGGAGCGAUGAAGGGGAGAGGGGACGAAUCUAAAUUAUACAGCCCUCAAGUGGAAUGGAGGGGCUAGGGAGGUGUGGUGGGAGUCCUGAAUGUUAGUCUCGGGGGGAAAAGUUGCCCUCCCCGAAUCGAUACCUUAAAUAGGAGAAUCAAUGCAAAAAUGGGCAACUUUAUCAAGCAUCACAUAGGUAAUGUCCUUUGGGGCUUGCCUGGUUGGGUGGGGUGAGACACUGAAUGUCAUAUCUUUGGAGGAAUGUCUUAAAAAUAGACUAAUUUUGCACUGCGCUGAAACAGAACAUGUAAUUUGGUGCUUAUGAACAAAAUGUAUCUAGCGCUGAACCAAUUGUAUUUGGAGUGUGUAUGGUAAUGUACUUAUGAUGGGCAAAGCUUGUUUUCUACUGAAUGGUUUUGUGUGUGUGUGUGUGUGUGUUCAACAUGUAUUUGUCAUGUAACCAGUACAAAAAAAAAAAAAAAAAAAGUAUGAAUGUAUGUACUUGUAAGUCGCUCUGGAUAAGAGCAUCUGCUAAAUGACUUAAAUGUAAAUGUAAUGUAACUAAAACAAGCAUUUCAUUUAAUUGAAAAGGAAAAUAUACAAUUAUAUAUUUUCACAUUUACUUUUCUUCCAUUCCAUCUAGUUGAUGUCUACAAUGCCCAUAAUGUCCCAUUGCACUGUCCCCCCUAUUUUUCUACAUGUAAAUAGCUAGUUGUGUGUCCAGCACUUUUGAACUAUAUUCACUGUAAAUACAAUCCCUGUACGAAAGCAUCAUCCAAUCCAGUUGAGAACACUAUCCUAUCAUCUCUCGAUCAUCCAAUGAGUGGAAAGAACACUAAUAUGGAGAGCAAGUUACCAUCUCUAUUCUCCUAUGAGGUUAAAGCCUGGGGUGUAUUCAUUAUUCGGAUUCCUUUACAAAAUGUAUUUUCUGUUGAAAACGUUUUGCAACGAUUGGACAAAUUCAGGUAGGUCCCCCCUCGUUGGUUCCGUUUGCUUCCGUUUAGUUCCUAGAGUAAAUGGUUUCCGUUGCAAAACUUUUUUUUGCAAAAGUCUGCGACUAAUGAAUACAGCUCUCGCCUAGCCUCUACCGAGCCCAACACCGGACGAUCCGGUUUUAAGGGGAAAUGGAAAGAGCCUGUGACGCGACGUCCACUUUUGGACAUUAACAAGGUAACGCUCCAUCUCCUCUACAUGUACUAGAUUGAUUGAAUGGUGCAGAAGAGAACCUCGUGACUUUUCCCCUCGUCAAGAUGUGUUGUAAAGGAUCCAGUUUCAGGCGUUUAUUUUACGCCUGCUACGUUAGGUAACUCCUCCCAAUGCAGGAGGGAGAACGGGCAUGUGCUUUUCUGUGCGUGCAUUAUAUAUUUGCAUAAUCCUACAUGUAGUUUUUCACCAAUGUGAAGUUGUGCCCAUAUCUGCUGCUGCUGCUGCUCCAUGCUUGUCUGUUGGGGAAGCCUUGGGGGGAGUGUUGUAGAAAAGAGCUUUAUUUCCCCUUUUGGAGCAUGCUUUUGGCUCACAGAAUUCAGUCUGAAGGCAGUUCUGUCUGAAGCAUCACGUCUUACACAGGGACGUUUCCAGUACUAGCAUGAGAUUUGCUGACAGAUUACAAUGGCUUGCCUCUCUUUAAAGGUGUAGUCUGCAGGUUCUCUGUCCCGUAUGGCAAUGAGUUCAAGUAAAAACAUAACUGCCCUAAAACAAAACCGAAGAAGGAAAAGGUAGUUCUGUUUACACCAAUGAUGGCAACUGGUCUUUCUUUGGUUUUCACUGGCAGGCUCCCUUGAAUGACCCCAUCCUAGUCCUUCAAAAAGGGCUGUUUGGGAAUACAUCAUUUUUCUACUUUAAAGUCUAUAUCCAAAUUGUGGACCUAGCUCAGCCUAGGCCUAGUUCAGUCCAGCUGAAUGUCUUUCCAAGCUGCGCUGUCCUCUCUCCCCAGCUCUCUCUACCUUGAUACGAUGCUGGUUCACUUACCUGCUCAACACUGACAAGACUUGAAUGGCAGUUAGGAUUUGAAUGCUUGAUUGUACUUUAAAGGCUGCCCUCUCUGGAGUUUCUAACUUUCUCAUCCACUUCCUGGUCCGAACGGACCCGCCCCCUCAUUACAAUAGCUCCUCCCUUGACCUGUUCAGCUCCUGAGAACCCAUGUACAAAAAGAAAAGGAUUUGUAAUAUUUGUCUGUCAAAGCUGCUGGGCUACUGAUGAAAAUAAAAAGGUAUCCAAUCAAAAA